GGAAAUAAAGCAAAAAACUCAAAGGAAAUUAAUUGAGCAUGGGAAACCAAACGGAGGCAGCAGCGGCGCCGACAGUGCCGGUAGGGGUUUGCCUGUUGAAAGGGGAAAAGGUGUUGUUGGGACGACGCCGUUGCUCUCUUGGCUACUCCACCUUUUCCCUACCUGGUGGCCACCUCGAGCUCGGUGAGAGCUUCGAGGAGUGUGCAGCAAGAGAAUUGAAGGAAGAAACUGGUUUAGACAUUGACAAGAAGAGGAUGGAGUUUCUGACAGCUACAACAAACAAGCUGCUCCUAGAGGGAGGCAAGCCAUGCCAGUACGCCUCCGUUUGCAUGAGAGCGGUGAUGGAACAUGGAGAUGGAGAGCCCCAAAAUAUGGAGCCAGAACUGUGUGAUGGUUGGGAUUGGUAUGAGUGGGACAACCUCCCCAAACCACUCUUUCGUCCUCUGCACAAUGCGGUGCGGGCAGGAUUUAAUCCUUUUCGUGCAUGAAGAGCAAGAGGACGAAAAGGACUCCAACUAUAUAAUUAAUUGGGGCUCUUAGAUAUAGUUGGUAAAAUUGGUAUAGGUAGAGGACCCCAACUAUAUUUUCAUGUUUCCAUCAUUCCAGCCUCCAGGUAGAAAACACGUUGGUAAUUCAUGCUUCUGGGAUAUAGGUAUAUAGAUCAUAUGCAGUUAUAGGUAAAUAGAGCAUCCACAUAUUUGUUUUAUUUGUUUAUUAACAAAAAGGCAAAAAAGACACCAAAGCCAAUUGAAAAUUAGAAAGAUAAAGUUGAUAACAAAGUGUUUCAUUUUCAACAAAAUACCUAUGUCUCUGUUACAGGUAAAUUGACCUGCUGGUGGCAAGCAAUUGGUUACCUAUAAGGGAGGUACUAAACCCAAAUGUAACUAUCAUAUAGGCAAAAAUAAUCCCAUUAAAACAAAAUGUACCUAUCACAUAGGCGAAUGUGUAAACAGACGAAGAGAACAUAAACAUGCUAAAUAGUACAAAAAAUGUGCCUUGUAAUGGCCAAAUGAAAUCACGAAAACACUUCUUACCUAAUUUAUAUUUUAGGGGCAAAUUUGA